UAAAAACAUUUAAUUAUAACUUUUACAGUUGUUAUAAAAGUGAUGUCGUAUACAGUAUAUUCACUCUAAUAGAUUUAAUAUUAAUCUAUUCUAGUUACCAGUUUGUGUUACUGCAGUUUAGUAAGGAUUAUUAUGUGUAUUUUAAAAAGCUUUGUAAUUGAUGUUUGUCUCCUCUUUACCUCAUCAGUGCUGUUUAAAGUUUCAGGGGUGUAUUUUAAGUUGAUUUGUUUAUUGUAUUUAAAGCUUCUUUAAAGUGUUUAAAAGUACCCAAUUUAUCUUUUGCUUUAAAAAACAGUGACUUUAGCUAAAAGGUGUGUAGUUUGCAUUCCUCAUGCAAAACCAUGCUUCAUUGGGCCCUCGCAGAUUUGCAUAUGUGGUAUGAGCAGCAUAUUUAAAGUAUAUAAAGUGCUGAACGUGAGAUGAAUAAGUAAAAUUUGCUUCGGCAGUGGCCCAACUUUCACACAAUUUUCAAUGCAGGAAAAACCCUGAAAACGUCACUUGCCAAAGUAGCUAGUAAGAGUGAAAGAAAUACCCGCUACUGCUGAUUUCUAGGGUGGGCGGGUGUUAAUUUCAAACACUGAUGACUAUAAUCAUUAAAUGCAGUUAUUAGGUGGAAUAAACGGUAUACAUAAAUACCGCUUGCACAGCAAACAUCACAAAUUAAUACUGGACAUUUCCAUUUAAUUAAGGUUCAAUUUGAUUUCUUUUUACAUUUCUCCCUCAUUAAUUGAUUUUUGUCCAUUUGCUGUGUUUAUUGUAGAGCUGAUGGAAGUGAAAGAGGAAUGUCAAGAACUGAAUGAAGUGGAGGAGAAACUUCAGUGUCAGAAACAUCAUGAUUUCACUACUGGAGAAAAAUCUUUGCGUUGCUCAAAGAAUAAGAAGAAUUUAUCACCAAAAAAGCAUAAAAGAAGAUCAGCCAAAAAUACUGUCACCUGCUCACAGUGUGGAAAGAUUUUCACAAAUAAAAGCCGGCUUAAUAAACACAUGAAAGUUCAUAUUGGAGAGAAACCUUACACUUGCCAUCAGUGUGGAAAAAGUUUCACAUAUACAGUUUGUCUCAAAGGUCAUCUCCGCUGUCACUCUGGAGAGAGACCAUUUGAAUGUGACAAGUGUGGUAAAACAUUUGUUUUGGAUUCAAGCCUAAGAAAACAUCUGAAAACUCACACAGAUGAGAAUACCGGUGUGGGGGUUCAUAUGUGCUUUGAAUGUGGGAAGACCUUUACUACAGCCAGCCUCUUGAAACAGCACAAAAUAAUUCAUGCUGGAGAAAAACCUUACAAGUGCUCACACUGUGAAAAGAGUUUCACUCAGUCACAACACCUGAAAAGACACGAGAGAAUCCAUACUGCAGAAAAACCUCACAAGUGCUCACACUGUGAAAAGAGUUUCACUCAGUCACAACACCUGAAAAGACAUGAGAGAAUCCAUAGUGGAGAAAAACCUUACAAGUGCUCACACUGUGAAAAGAGUUUCACUCAAUCACAAGACCUGAAAACACAUGAGAGAAUCCAUACUGGAGAAAAACCUUACAAGUGCUCACACUGUGAAAAGAGUUUCACUUGGUCACAAAAUCUGAAAACACAUGAGAGAAUCCAUAGUGCAGAAAAACCUUACAAGUGCUCACACUGUGGAAAGAGUUUCACUCUGUCACAAAGUUUGAAAACACACGAGAGAAUUCAUACUGGAGAAAAACCUUACAAGUGUUCACACUGUGAAAAGAGUUUCACUUUGUCACAAAACCUGAAAACACACGAGAGAAUUCAUACUGGAGAAAAACCUUACAAGUGUUCACACUGUGGAAAGAGUUUCACUUGGUCACAACAACUCAAAACACAUGAGAGAAUCCAUACUGGAGAAAAACCUUACAAGUGUUCACACUGUGAAAAGAGUUUCACUUGGUCACAACAACUGAAAACACACGAGAGAAUCCAUACUGGAGAAACACCUUACAAGUGUUCACACUGUGAAAAGAGUUUCACUUGGUCACAACAACUGAAAAGACAUGAGAGAAUCCAUACUGCAGAAAAAUUUUACAAGUGCUCACCUGUGGAAAUAGUUUAAAUCUGUAUCAAAACCUGAAAACACACGAGAAUCCAUACUGGAGAGAAACCUUACCACUGCUCUUCAUGUGGGAAAAGUUUCAGUGCAGCAAGUAAUCUAUGUAGACAUGUAAAAAAGAAUUGCCAAAGUAGACACGCUGAGCAAAAAUCAUCUUCAGGUCCAACAAGAUUAAAUAAAUAGUUUGAAAGAUGAAUCCAAAGAUGAAAUUUUUCCAAAUUGAGUAGCAUCCUCGAGGAAAAUUAGUUAUGUUUUGUUUGUAAAUAAAUCAGUCUUUUCAAACCAAUCUUUUAAGUGAACUAAUAAUUCUUGUUCACCUCCAUACACUGACUUAGACUUCAUGUUCAUUGACUUCACUCCCUUUCGAAGCCAAUGAGCUCUAGUUUGAUGCACGAGAAUGGUUUAGUGAUUUUUUUUUUCAUGCCUGUAAAGACUGACUAUAGUGCAAGCAAAUAGGAUUCGAGUGCAGGAGCAAUUAUUGGUUUCACCGGCUGAACGAAUACACCACUGAAUCAGUUGUGUCGGUUGUUUGAGUCUGAUUGAAAUACAAUAUGUAGUCUUUGUAUUGAAUCAAGAGGUCAGUGUGUGAGGUUUUGAUCUUCUAUUUGUCACGUUUCCUCUCGUCAUGCAGAUUCGCUGUUAAGAGUUCACCAAAUUUAAACUUUCGAUAUGCAACGUAGUAUGAAAUUUCUUCGAUGAGGUUGCCAUUAUUGAUUGAGUACAUAUAAAAUCAGUGUUCAAAAAUGAUAUCUUUGCCUUACCCAGAUUCGCUACAGUAAGCCUACAAAAAGAAUAAGUAUUUUUAGUUGUCGGGUCGGAUUUGGUGCGAAAUCGCAGGCUUAUGUCAGUCAUCCGUCAAUGUCCGUAAACCCAGAAAAGAAGUACAAGUCGUCGCAUGUUCUGGUGGGGGAAGCGAUGCUGUUCAGUCACAGUUCAUGACAGCAUCGCAGCAGUCCGGUUGGACGUUUAUCUGUUAACUGUUUGGCAAAGUUUUUACUUGCUAAAAUGCUUGGAAAUAUUUCCUGGUAGGGGUUUUGAAGUUUAUAUUGCUUUUCAUGCUUUUAUGAAUUGAACAUUACUCGUGUGUUUACUGCUUCCGAUGUAUCUACGUUUUCAAUGGAAAAUUCCUGUAACAUGUUUACUGACCUUCAAGACUUAUGAAAUUUAAUAAUAUUGCUGUUGUUUUGAGGUUCCCUAAGUGUGCGUGUGUGUGUGUGUGCGUGCGCACCACCAUUUUCUAAUUUCUUUUACCCCAGUCACAUAAAUGCUCAAGUUAUCACUUUCCUUUGUCCUUUUAGUUGAUAGUCUGUUAAAAAGCCACUAAAAGUAAAGUUUCUACAUGGUAGUUCCCCUUUAAAUGUAUAAACAUCUCAAGUUGUUUAUAAUGCACCACUUUUAUACACAGCAAUGUACAUAUUAAUUCGUUUAGUGUGUUACCAUGAAACUAUUAUAUUGCACAUUAUUUUACUGUUUAAUAAAGUAUAUUUCAU